AUGCAGCUUGCGAUGUUAUUGAAAGCAUUUUUAGUUUCAACAACUCUUAUUUUUUUUAGAGGAAGCAAAAAGUGUGUAGAUAUGGGUAAUCAAAUAACGUGUUCACCACCAGAUGAUCGGGAUGCGGUUUCAAUAAGCUCGUAUUAUUCUGUCACGUCCAACAAUAAUAAUGUGAAUCUGACAGAUAGGUCAACUCGUGGUGUAGAAAAUGGAAGAAAAGUGAAAAUAAGACAAUUGAAAGAUGACACUGAGGCGUUGUCGGUCUCUUCAUACCUUUCCGCAACUUCUAAAGGCAUGUCAUCCACAAAAUCAUGUGAAAGCGUGAAUGACACAAAAAGCAUGGUGACGGCGUUUAGCGGUAGCAUUUGUGAAGAAGAACGGGCCAUUACACCGACAGAAAACGAGACAGAGUACAUCCAAACGCUAAAAGAAGAAAUAUCUCAGCUGCGCGAUAUCAAUCACAGUUUGAAGGAAGAAAAAGCUCAGUGGGCACUGCGACAACGUCUUCAGAACGCUGAACAAAGCGAGUCAUCUUUGAUCAAUAUGCUUGAGGAGAGACUAAAUCAGGCUGAAAAUCAGAUUCAGGACUAUCGGGACGAGAACACAGUCCUAAAAUGUGAACUUAGAGAGUUGCAGGAAACAACAUUUGCAACAUCAGAUGAAAAACUGCGUGAGAAAAUCAAGACCACAGAAGGACUAUGUGACGAAUUGAUGGAAGAGAAUGAGCAGUUGAAAGCAGAAGUCAAAGAUUUGCAGCAAGAAAUCGAAGAGAUGCAGGAUCAGUACCGUGAGGAAGAAAUCGAAGAGUUCCGGGAACUACAGAGAGAGCUUGAGCUCAACGCCAAGAACUGCAGAGUUCUCCAGUUCAAACUUCGAAAAACCGAGCGGUGUAGAGAACAGGCUGAGGCGGAGAAAAUGCAUUCUGAGAAAAAGUUGGAUGAAUACAUGAACAGUUGCCCAGAAGCCGUUGCUGCUUCAAUCAAAUCCGAUAGUGCAAAAGUGAAGGAUUUGGAAUAUGAAAUCCGUGUAGCUAAGGAGGUCUCGGUUAGAUUGCACAAUGAGCUCGAGCAGACCGAGGAGAAAAGAUGCAAGUUGGAGGAUGAGGUGUUCUAUUUGAAAGAGAAAGUUCGAGAGAUUCAAACGCAGAAUAAGUGGAGGGAGGCUAGAAAUAAGACUGAUAUCGCUGUGGUGAGUAGAACUAAGACUAAACGACUGUCUGCUGAAAUCGCUGCAAGUGUUCCAAACAUUCCGGAGAACGAGAUGUCCAAGGAGCUGCGAGAUGCUCUUGAGAGGGAAAUUGACCUUCGAGAACAAAUGAGAUUCUCGGAGGAGGAUUUGAAGAGAACUCAAAUUCGUCUCCAGGACAUCGAAAACGAGAACGAGGAGUUGUUGAAGAAAUUGUCAAAGGCCAGUAAGCUGCGUCCACCGAUGAUUCGAUCGGCUAGGUUGGUCACCGCCGACGGAAAUGCCCAUUUGCAAUUGGAGUUGGCCGAGAGUCAGGUGCAACAUUUGAAUACCAAAAUCGAAAGGUUGGAAAAGACCAACGAUCACUUGAACAAGAAAAUCGUCGAGUUGGAGGCCGAUUGCAAGCGUGGCGGUCCGACAUCAACCCAUUCCAAGAACGGUGGUUUCAAAUUGACGCAAGAAAUGGAAAAGGACAUGUCCAAAAUGAUUGGAACUAUCAGCGAGCUUGAGCGCAAGAAUCUCGAACUCACCACUCAAGUGAAACAGUUGGAAACCAAAUCUGCACCGAAACCAAAUUUUGUUGUUCCAUCUGGGACCACGACGACCGAGUUGAGAAAAGAGCAAGAGAAGCGGAAAGCACUGGAAGCACAAGUAAACGAGUUAAAGACUACAGUAUUCAAAUCUGAUAAUCAGAAAGUUAUCUCCCUUGCCACCAAGAUUGAGCAGCUGAACGGCCAGCUGCAAAUGGUGAACGAGAGAGGUAACACACUUCACAAAAAACAAAUCAAAGACGGGGAGAUGUCGUAUGCGGACGAGCUAAAACGAAGAAUUGAAGAUCUCGAGAAGCAAUUAAGUGAGAAACUGGCGACGGACUCGGUUAGCGAGUUGCAAGGAAAAAUUCCAACCAUUGAUGAGAUUGAGCAGUGUUGUGAAGUGUUGGCAGCAGUUGAGACGCAGACGGGACGGUUGUGCAAGCAGUUUGAAAAAAUUGAUCAUGCUCAGAAGGAUGAACGACGCCGUUCUCUUUCCAAAGACAGUGGAGCUGCAAUUAUUGUGGAACUCGCCAAUGUGAUGCAGGAAAUGAAGAAUGUUCAUCAGAAGCUUGACAAUAUUAAGAGUGUUACCCCUAACACUGGGUUGUCUGUGAAAAGAGUGCCCAGUAAGGAAAACAUUCUCGAUGCGAAAUGUGCCAAGUGUGAUCAACUGCAAGCCACCAUUGAGGAGCAGACAAAUGAGAUCUCAUUUUACAAGAAGAAAAACAAGGAUUUGACGAAUCAAGUGCUACAAACCGAGGAUCGUUGGACAAUUGAAAUUGAAAAACAACGACAAAUAUUUGAGAAGGAGAUCAAGACUCUUGGUAUCCGAAUCGCAGACGCCAAGAGACAAAAUGAUGAGCUCUCAGAGCUGUUAGAGUCUAAAUCUACUACUCUUAUUGAGAAGACACGGUCGUUAGAAGAGCAAGAAGAGCGGAACAAGAAGUUGAGAGCUGAGGCUGAGCUUUUGAGAAAGGAUAUGCAGGAUAUGGAAACUGAUAAGAAGACUGUUAAAGAGUUUGAAAUCAAGUACAAAAAGCUGGAAAGCAUCUUCGAGGCCGAGCGUGAGAAGAUGAACGGAGAGAGAAACAGAUCAAAGAAUGAAUUGGCUGCAAUGAAGAAAAUGAAAGACGACGUUGAAGAGCAUUUGAGUACGCUUCAUAACUCGGAACUAAGAAUAAAACUCACAGAAGACCAGAAGAAGAGUGAAGUCUCCUGGAAGAAUGAAAAAUCAAAGCUUGAAAAAGAUAUUGCGUUGCUGAAAAAACAAUUGCCAGAUGAGCACGAAAUGAAAGAGUCAUGUAAGGAAAAAUUUCAUUUGACACAUAAUUUGAAGGGUACAGAAACUAUGGGGUCAUUGUGGUACAAAGCGAUUCAGGAAUACAAAAUCCUUAAUUCGGGGUACAAAAUACCAAUUUCACAAAACUCGUUCUCUGGAGAGCCGUCUCCUCUCCGCCGUCAGGAUAGUGAGAAGAUGUUGGUUUUGGAGCUCAAGAAACAAAUUUCAAUUCUGGAGAAACGAAUCGCAGAUGCUGAUUCUUCUUUAGAGGACUGCAAAAUUCAGAAUGCAGAGCUUAAGGACCAACUUUCAAAAGUUCAAACUGGCUGGGACAAGGAUAAAGAAGCAUUCCAACACAAGACCCGAAAAAGUGAAAAGCUGAGAACUGUUGAGAUAGAUGCCAUGCAGCAGAAAUUCAGCAGUCGUAUGAGAAUUAUGGAAGAUACCAACAAAGCUCUUCACUCUCAGGUAAUUACAAAUAUUUUGGUUCUGGCUCGUCGUGAACGCGACACCAACAAGGAUGCUCUUGCCAACUUUGAAAAGCAGGUUGCUGAUGAAAGAAAUAGCUUGAAGGUUAAAGAGAAAACUGCAAGCGAAUCAACAGAGAAGGUGAAGGAGCUUCAAAACCGGCUAGCAACUAAAGAAGAAGAGCUAGAACGCUUGAAUACUGAUUUACGGCUAACCAAAGAGGCUCGAAAAGCCGAUCAAAUUUUAUGGAACAUUGAUAGAGCUAGGAACCGUAAUGAGAAAAUCGACAAUACGGAUUCGGUUGAAACUAUUCGAAAGCAAUAUCGUGAUUGUGAAGCAUUCUAUUCAAAAGAAAUGGAUCGGUUGAAUGACAAGAUCACAGAGAUUACUGCUGAAAAGAAUAGACAGAAGAAUGAGGCUCAGAAGACUAUAAGGGUUCUUGGAGAGCAGAUUCGGGUGCUGGAGAUUGAGCAGAAGAAUUUGUCUCAGAAUAAAGAUAGCCAGCAAGUGGUGAAGGAAAUGAUUGAAUCUGAACGAGAACGCCUCCAACAAAUUGUGCACCUGAAUGAGCUUCAAAAGCUAACUAGAAAAUAUCGGCUGAGCAGUAUUAUCGAUCAGCUCGCCUACGUAAGCGAAGCCACUCGAAAGACAUCUCGUGAAAAUGAGCCGGAUGGAAUACGGUAUAUCAUCAAUCAGCUGACAGUAUUGAGAGACGACGAAGCAGCCAACAAUUUGAAUCCAGAUGAAAGAGCAGGUUCUGUGCUCGGUGAAAAGGCUUCAAAUGGGUACGCCCCGUCGAUCUCAGAGUGUGGAGAAGGCACAUAUGAUAACAUUAGUCAAUCAUCAUUUUCUAUUAGAUCGGUUAAUAGUGCUCCAUUAAGACAUGCUUAUAGACAUGCUAACCUUCCUAUUCCAACUACCACCGCCUCUGUUUCUACCACAAUUAGUGAGACAGAACCGUAUUAUAGUAAACCGGAAAAGUUGAACGUCAUCAGCAACUACACAGCCAAACGAUCAUUCAGCACUGAGAGCUCAAGCGGUUUUGACAAAUACGGACGUCCCUCAAGACGUGGCCUCUAUCACGAACCUUCCUCUAGCAAUAAUCUCAAUGUACCGGGUAGAAAGACAUCUAACGAAGAAUAUUCAAUGGGUCGCGCUGCUUCAUUUGACAAUCGUAGCCAAUACAGUGAAGAUGAUACCACCGAAGACGGAAGAGGGUCCCGGCCCAACAGCACUGGAGCUAACAUUUUGUAUCGUGUCCGACGAGAAGAAUUGGCUCGCGGUGGACAACCUUCUGUUAAACUGAUGGCGAAGGCUUUCGAAGCGAUUGAUGAGCCAAGAACAGACAAACGAGGAUUUUUCGGUAUCCGAAAGUCAAGAUCAGUAGAGACUACGCAGAACGGAAAGCAAAGCAAAUUCGAGGAAGCUGCCAAUUCAGCAUUGAUGCAUAGCUUGGGACAAGUCGAAGAAGGAGUGAGCAGUAAUUAUGCUACACUGCCUAGAGGUGGUCGAAACCCAUUCAAAAACAUGGGAUCCCGAUUGGUAGAACGUGUUCGUCGAAGUUUGUCAAGAUCCAGCCGGCAAUCUCGGGAUUCUGAUAGAGAAGAUGAGAUUGAGGUGCAAGUAUACAAAAAGCCUGAGAAGCCAAUUUCCUCCCCAAAGAAAACCAAAAAGAAAUCAGCCGAAUCAAAAGCCCGUAAAAAUUCCAGCAACAUCUUGUCAUGA